UAAUUCUCUUCUCUUCACGCAUGGUUCAAAACCAUGGGCAUUUUAGUAAAAUCACACCUUGAUAAAUACUGCCAAUAUAUAAUUCAUUCCUGCCUACUCGGAGUAAAAACCACUCUCUCUUCUCUCUGCUUCACAUGCCCUCUCAUUUCAUCAAAUUCCAUUCAGAACAAAGACAAAAGCUCAUUGGCUUUCAAUUUGAUUUACCUCCACAACUUCUUCAACUCUCUCUCCAAAUUUUCUGGCUGUCCAAGAUUCCACAAUAGAUAUGGGUCUGCAAACCAAAUCCAACCAAUGGAUAAUACACAAACGUUAAUUCCUUCUGUUUUCUAGUUUUGUUAUCCUGUUUUUCAUUUUGUUUCAUUUCUGGGCAUUAUUUUUACAAUUACAUGCUUCUGCUCUGUUCCUUCUGUCCAUGGCUAGUGUGACAACUGACACAAGGUUCUUCCAAGACCAUAACAAUAAUAACAACAAAAAUAACUGCAAUGAAGUUAACAGGCAAGAGAUUCAAGCAGCCAUUGCCAAGGCGGUGGAGCUGAGAGCUCUCCACGCAGCUCUCAUGCAAGGAAACAGCCCUUCCAAUCUCAGGUUUCCUUCUUCUUCGCCAGCUAAUUCCCUUCCUGCUUCUCACUUCUCUGCCCAAGAUUACCCUGUUUUUACCCCUAGUUAUGAAGAUGAACCACUUGCGUACCAUCAAAAUUCAACGAGAAGUCGAACAUUGUCGGAAAUAUGGGACGAGUAUGGCCUAGGAGGAACUGGGGAUGACACAGUUUCGUCAUCAGAUUACAAAAAGGAGAAUUCAUCUUCAAGAAAAGGAGGAGGAUUAUUGACUUCUGAUAUGGCCAAUUUAGAGUCCCACAUUUGCCCUUCUGUGGAUCACAAAUCUGUCACAGGCUCUUCUACAAACCCCAUCACUGUGCUUCAAACCUCCCCCACCAAUGACUACUUCAAGUCAAGAAGGAGAAACAGUUUGGGCGAUUUCAAAUCGGUCUCAUCUUGCAAUAGAUGCAAGCCUGCAACCAUAACCUCAGAAUCCGAAUCCGGAGCCAGGAACAGGAGGACUUCCAACCUCGUGGUGCCGUUGACAGACUCUCACUCGUCACUCAAUUCGCAGCCCAAGAAUCGUGGUGUCAUUUCUUGGUUGUUUCCGCGGUUGAAGAAGAAGCACAAACAUGAGAAUUCUCCGAACAGGACGGAUUCUGAAGAGGUCUCGCAGGUUUUGAGGUACUCGGGGAUUAUGAUGAUUGAGGCAUUGAAGAAGGAGCUCAUGGAAGCACACGAGAAUAAAGAUGCGGCCUUAAUGGAGGUCACCGAGAUGAAGUCUUCGCUUGGGGAGCUGAGACAGAAACUUGAGUGCUUGGAGACUUACUGUGAAGAGCUGAAGAAAGCUUUGAGACAAGCAACACAAGGGAAGAACAACUCGCUGCCUCCUGAAAAGCUCGGAAGCUUUCCGAAAGGAGGGAAAUCUGUUGAAGGUAAUGGAGAAAAUUUGAUGCCGGUUAGUGAGGAAGUAAUGGUGGAAGGCUUCUUGCAGAUAGUAUCAGAAGCGAGGCUAUCAGUUAAACAAUUCUGCAAGACCCUUGUAGGGCAGAUUGAAGAGAGUGAUAAUAUGCUUGUGGAUAAUCUCAACUUGCUUCUUCAACCACAUAAGCUCUCUCUUAAUUCGAAGUAUUCGAAGGCGGUUUUGUACCAUUUAGAGGCCAUCAUAAACCAGUCAUUGUAUCAAGACUUUGAGAACUGCGUGUUUCAGAAGAAUGGCUCACCAAAGAUUCUAGACCCCCAACAAGAUCGGCAAGCUCAGUUCACCUCAUUCGUCGCUCUAAGAAACUUGAGUUGGAAUGAAGUUUUGAGGAAAGGAACAAAGUAUUACAGCGAAGAAUUCAGCAAGUUUUGUGACCAGAAAAUGAGUCACAUCAUUUCAACACUUAAUUGGACUAGACCAUGGUCAGAACAGCUCCUUCAAGGAUUCUUUGUCACGGCGAAAUGCAUUUGGUUGCUUCACUUGCUUGCGUUUUCGUUCAACCCCCCGCUGGGAAUCCUGAGGGUGGAAGAGAAUAGGAGCUUUGAUGCACAUUACAUGGAAGACAUGUUCAUGGAAAGACAGAGAUCAAAUGGUCCGAGCCGUGUCAAGAUCAUGGUUAUGCCGGGUUUUUAUGUUCAAGACCGGGUUUUGAGGUGUAAGGUUCUUUGCAGGUAUAAUAAGUCUGUAACUUGAAAAGAGAAUUUGAAAAUCAGCCAUUGGUUUUUAGAAGUCACCUUCGAUCAUUAAAAAAAAAAAAUGUAGCU